UUACAAGAAAUGUCAAAAAUUUAGUCAGAGACGAACCACCAUUUUUGUAGUGUUUUUAUACAAUUUAAUUUAUUUUAAUUUUUGGCUUCAAUAGUCAACCUAUUUCCGUCAAAUGGCUUCUGCCCAACCUCCAGCAGAACCACAAAAUUCAGGAAAUACAACGACCACCGUACGGACCACACCUAGAUUCAAUAUUGACGGUGUUGGGGCUAGAGUUAUACGAGGUGUUGAUUGGAAAUGGGGGAAACAGGAUGGAGGUGAAGGUCAUGUGGGAACAGUUAGGAAUUUCGAGUCCAACGAAGAAGUAGUGGUAGUUUGGGAUAAUGGCACCGCAGCCAAUUAUCGAUGUUCUGGUGCCUAUGAUUUGAGAGUUUUCGAUAGUGCUCCAACUGGUGUUAAACAUGAUGGCACCAUGUGUGAUACGUGUAGACAGCAGCCAAUUUUCGGAAUUCGCUGGAAGUGCGCAGAAUGUGCCAAUUACGAUUUGUGUAGCAUUUGCUAUCAUGGCGACAAGCAUCAUACUCGCCAUAAAUUUUUUAGAAUUUAUGUCCCAGGAGGUGAACGUACGAUACUUGAGCCACGACGAAAAUCGAAGAAAAUUCACGUUCGAGGCAUCUUUCCCGGUGCUCGGGUUCUGAGAGGUGUUGAUUGGCAGUGGGAAGAUCAGGAUGGUGGCAGCACCAGACGUGGAAAAGUGAAUGAAAUUCAAGAUUGGUCAGCCGCAUCACCGCGAUCGGCUGCAUACGUUGUCUGGGACAAUGGAGCCAAAAAUUUGUAUAGAGUGGGAUUCGAAGGAAUGGCCGAUCUUAAGCUCGUUAAUGAUGCAAAGGGACCGACCAUAUAUCGCGAUCAUCUUCCGUUGCUUGGUGAAAAUGUGUUGGCCAAAGGACCGCAUGGAUUUCAAAUUGGUGAUCAGGUUACUGUUGAUUUGGAAUUGGAAAUAGUUCAGUCACUUCAACACGGUCACGGUGGGUGGACAGAUGGUAUGUUUGAGUGCUUAAGUAAUUCCGGAACAGUGGUGGGAAUCGACGAAGAUCAAGACAUUGUUGUCGCGUACGCCAGUGCCAAUAGAUGGACGUUUAAUCCAGCUGUAUUAACGAAAGUAGGAACAACGGCAGUUACUGGUGAUGGAACUCAAUUUGCUGUCGGAGAUUUCGUCAAAAUAUCGAACGAUUUGGAGCGUAUAAAAGUACUUCAACGUGGUCACGGAGAGUGGGCGGAGGCGAUGCUUCCGACUCUCGGAAAAGUGGGUCGUGUUCAACAGGUGUACCACGAUGGUGAUUUGAAAAUCGAGGUCUGCAACACUUCUUGGACCUACAAUCCGUUGGCUGUUACCAAAGUGGCAUCUGCGGCAGAUGGAACGGUGCCAACAACUUCGAAUGGUGAACGACUCUCCGCUAUUUUGAAAAAAUUGUUCGAACCUCACGUUUCUGGUGAUGUAACCGAAGAGCUUGUGAAAGCUGCUGCGAAUGGGGAUGCAGCAAAAUGUGAAGAGUUCUUAACUGGAAUGGGGCCGAAUCCAAACAGUUCGACUGCUCCUACUGCUAAUGUUAAUGGUGUGUUCGCCGGUCACACAGCGCUACAAGCUGGAAGCCAAAAUGGCCAUUUAGAAGUAAUCCAAGUUCUUCUCAACCACAAAGCUGACGUUGAAAUUGAAGAUAAAGACGGUGAUCGAGCCGUUCAUCAUGCUGCUUUCGGUGAUGAGCCUGGCGUUAUUCGAUUACUAGCCAAGGCGAACGCCGAUUUAAACGCUCGCAACCGACGUCGACAAACCGCAUUACACAUUGCAAUCAACAAGCAGCACAUCAACGUUGUUAAAACUUUGCUGGAACUGAACUGUCAUCCGAGUUUACAAGAUUCGGAAGGCGAUACACCAUUACACGAUGCUAUAUCGAAGGAACAAGACGAAAUGCUGUCGCUACUGUUGGACUAUGGAGCUGACAUAACGCUGACAAACAAUAACGGUUUCAAUGCUCUGCACCAUGCGGCACUCAAAGGCAAUCCAAGUCCAAUGAAAAUUUUAUUAGCCAAAUCGAAUCGUCCGUGGAUUGUCGAAGAGAAAAAAGAUGAUGGCUACACAGCACUGCAUUUGGCUGCGCUGAACAAUCAUGUGGAAAUUGCUGAACUUCUUGUACACUUGGGCGGUGCCAGCAUGGACAAGCAAAAUGUGAAUUUGCAAACAGCAUUGCAUUUGGCCGUCGAACGGCAACACGAUCAAAUAGUGAAGCUAUUGGUACGCGAAGGGGCUAACGUAAAUAUUCCAGAUAAGGACGGAGACACUCCACUACACGAAGCGCUGCGACAUCAUACUUUGUCACAAUUAAGACAACUGCAAGAUGUGGAAGGUUUUGGUAAGCUGUUGAUGGGACUGAGAAACCAUGCUGACAAGAAAGCCAGUGCAACCAUUGCCUGUUUCUUAGCGGCAAACGGGGCUGACCUUACGAUCAAAAAUAGAAAAUCACAAACGCCGUUAGAUCUAUGCCCAGAUCCGAAUUUAUGCAAAGCUUUGGUUGAAUGCUACAACGAACGAAAAACGAGUGAUAUUGGUGAUAUGGUUACAAAUAGUGAAACAACCGGUCGCAUUCCCAUAUAUCCUAUGGAAAUAACUGAAACUACUAUGCCGGUGUAUGAAUGCUUAGUUUGUUCAGAUCUUAAACGUGAUACGGUCUUUAAGCCUUGUGGACAUGUCUGUUGCUGUGAAACCUGUGCUCCCCGAGUGAAAAAAUGUCUGUUUUGUCGUGAAAACGUUUCUGCUAGGGAAAAGAUCGAUGAGUGCCUGGUGUGCUCUGACAAACGAGCUUCAGUGUUCUUUAAGCCUUGCGGUCAUAUGGUUGCAUGUUCAAACUGUUCCACAAUUAUGAAAAAAUGUGUUCAAUGCCGUACUCAAAUCGAAGAGAUGGUUCCAUUUAAUGUGUGCUGUAGUGGCGAAGGAUCGUCUUCAAAGGUUACUGCCACAGUCGAUGACAAAAUGGAUACAGAUGAAACCCUGUGUGUUAACAAAGCCGGUCACGGUGUGGCUAUGAACAAUUCCGUUGUAGCCACACCCAGCACAUCUACGACUGCAGCAAAACCAACGAACGUUAACAACAUCCAUGACGUACAGAAAUUACAGCAACAAUUGCAAGACAUUAAGGAACAGACAAUGUGUCCCGUCUGCUUCGAUCGUAUCAAAAAUAUGGUAUUCCUGUGCGGACAUGGAACGUGUCAGAUGUGUGGUGAUCAGAUCGAAGGUUGUCCGAUAUGUAGGAAAACAGUCGAAAAGCGCAUUUUGUUAUUUUAAAAGUGAAAAAUACUUAUUCGUUUUGAUCUAUUUUGUACACAUCAAAUCUAUCCUUAUUCCUGUCAAUGUGCUACGGGUUACUCUAUUAAACGAAUAUUGUCUAAAACCGAGAAUAUUGUGGAUGAGUCUUCGGAUUCGAUAAAAUGUUGUGUGAUGUGAAAGAGCAGACUUGUUUUCGUGAGAAAGGUGUCCUUCAAUUGAACAAAUAUCAUCCGUUAACAGCCAAAUAUUUUUAAAAAUUGGGAAAGUGUGCGGAUGAUUUUAGGAUUUACUUCCCAUACAGCAAUGGACAUAUGAAUUAUGUAACAUAAACUAUUCCAUAAUUCUCAUUCAAUUGAUUCAAAUUCGAUGUAUACGAGUUGUUUGUCUGAUGAGAUCACACAAUUAAAUUUUUGUCAUGAAAUCGAGACCGAUCCAAAAACACUGAAUUUUGAAUGAAUAAAAUUUGAUACAAGAGCAUGACCUUUUAGAAUAAAAACUUUAUUCAAUAUUUGCAAGAAAAAUCAAUUUAAUAAAAUUCUCAAUGUGCUAGAUUAGACUGUGUAUUCUAUAUAUUGUGAGUAAUGCAUCAUAUAAGACAAACAGAAGGAAGAGAAGAGAAAAA